CAAACAUGUCUGACCAAGGCUCUACCUAUGCCGUACUUCAAAGUGUACCAGUCAUGAUAUCUCCCCAAUAUAGAUUACCAAAGAAGAUUAUGGUUUCGUCUGAAUUAAAAAUGGUGCCUGACGACAUAAAGAAACUACCAGCAUACCCAUUUGCAGUAGAACGAGAUGUUAUCGCUCAAGUAGAAGCGGCCCGAAAACAAACGUUUGAAGCAGAAGAGGCUUUUAAGCUCUUGAAGAAACAAUACCAAGAAGAAAAGCUCAACCAGAGAAAAGCUGCUGCCCGAAAAAUCGCUCCCGGUUUUCUCGACACAGAUACUCGUAUUUUGAAGCCAGAGCAAACCUACGUGCAAGAAUUCCCUAUGCACCCCAAUAAUACGUCAACGGAAGAUGAAGCAGCGAGUUCAAACACAUCACCUCAUACUUUACAACCGUACGUUAAUUAUGACAAGGCAUUUACCGCAGAGUCUGGUCCAGAUAAACAAUUCGAUUAUCACAAGUUCGAACAAGGAUUGGCUCCAGCAGACCCUUGGGAUACACCAGAGAAUGAUAUGGUGGCCUUAAGAUCCAUUCUUAGUAGUCCCAAGACGGAUUAUAAUGCAAACCGUGCAUCCACACCAGCUUCUUACCCACCUCAACAAUACCAAGCCCAACCACAACAGCAACAACAACAUCAUCAACAACAACAUCAACAACAACAUCAACACCAACAACAGCCAACUCAAGCUGCACGACCUUAUCAAAAGAAUGAAGGAGUUUACUGGAAUUUCCAAGGAAAUAACAACGGAAACAUGUAUCCACCUCAACAAAGACAGAUGCAUUCGACGAGCUCUGUACCUGCAUUACCGCCCAAAUUAUUUGGCAAUUCUUCGAAUUCUUCCUCACCAGUGAUUUCACCACCACCACCCGUACUUCCGCCACCCAGUGACUAUCAUAAAUCCAAUACGACACCUACACCCCCUCCUUUGCCUCCAUUACCAAUUACACCGAACGAGAAUUUAAUCACAGAGUUGGGUAAUAUGGGAUUCUCAAGAGCUCAAGCGAUCGAUGCAUUAGAAAAGAACGAUCAUGACUUAAUCAAGGCAACCAACUUUCUUUUGGAUCAAGCAUAAGGAUUUUUUUUUAAAAAAAUAAAAAAAUAAAAGAGAGAAUAGUUUAUAAAACAAAAAA